AUGAUGCUGCCACCGCUUCCGCGAGUCAAGGGGAAGGAGGACGGCGCGGCGGCGAGCGCCAGCGCCGUGGCUACCAUCUGCGAGCUGUGCGACCUGUACACGCGCAACGACCUGGACGGCAAGUGGACGGAGCUCGCCGACGUCUACGACCAACGCCGCAAUGUGGACAACUUCCGUGAGAUCCUGGAUCUGAGCGCCCCUGACGCGCGUAUGGGCGACCUGAAUGGAUGGCAUCUCGAGCGCAUGGCGGUGGGCGAGUUUGAGCCUGGGGCCGGCGCUAGUGCCAACGACUUGGCGGAGAUCAAGCGCGAGACGCGCAUGAUCAAGCAGACGCUGAUGAAGGUGAUGGCCAACGGCCGCAGCUUCAAGGCCAAGCGGGACGAGAUCGAGGCGGCGAUGGCCAAGCAGCGUGAGGCGCUGACGGUGGAGCUGACGGAGGCCAAGGAGUUCCUAGGACAGGCACAUCUGCUGAACGCCUGCGACUCGGCGGCGAUCGAGGUCAGCGAGCCGGCGCCCGUGGAGGAGCGGCUGCGCGCGACGGUGAAGCACCCGGAGCUCUCGCCGACGGUGGACCUCAGUGAAGCGCCAUCGAUCUAA